AUGGAGGCCCGUCUGCUGGACGAUCCUUUCAGUGCUCCAGAUGAUCCUUCCGGUCUUCUGGAAGAACAUCCCGGUCUCCUGGACGAUCCUUCCGGCCUCCUGAACGGUCCUUCCGGUGUGUCAUCCGGGACCUUUCUGGACAGGAACGGCAAACGGGUCGACCUUUGCGACGCCUCGCGAGACGAAUGUGAUCUUCUGGGUCUCAACGACAUGGACACCAUCCCGGAGGAAGAGACAAGCUCGGCCACCAGUGAACUGUCCACCGAGACCAGUCACCUUGAAAGCGACAGGUCCGAACUAGGUGACCUGUCUUCUUCAGAAUCGCCGGUGCCUCGGGAGGCUGGAGACGACGUCUCAGGUAUGAUUUCGUCGCUCUCGCUCUGUGCGGCUUCGGUACGGAUAACCACCCUUCUUUUUUUUUUAUCGUGCGCCCGUCCGCCGCUGCUCUCUCGACGCACCUUCUUCGCCUGUGCUGACCGCUCGGGAAUUCCGAACACGUAUCGGCGCACCGCCGACGUCGCCACGGCCGGGGCAGAAAAAUACGCGCCGAGUCGUCGGUUCGAUCGUACCGUAUCCGCAGAGGACGACUGCAAGGCCGACGCUGCCGUCCAGCCGACCACCCGCAAGAGCGCGGACGCCGUUUCCGCCGGCCAUGAUCCUCAAGUCUUGAGUCCCAUCGAGCCAGAAGCGGCCAGUCCCUCGGAAGAUCGGCGCGAGAAAUCCCGGACACCGGACUCCGAAGACCUGAUGAGCUCUGACGAGGGCAGCUUCCCGUCCCUGCUGCUGCGGCGGCUGCCCCCCGACGGGCACGAGUUCCCGAAUGCGUACAGCGAGCCAUCCCUGGUCCUCAAGGACCCGCCGUCUGAUGACGUCCCGCUGAAGAAACCGGUGCACGUCUACGAAGACUCCGGCAUCUUCUCGGACGACCCGUUGUCCUCGCUUUCCGCUUCAGAAGGAGAAGAAAAGACGAAGGUCGCGGUGACCAAGUCGAACAAGGAGAGUCGGCAGGGCGACGGGCGGGCCGUCGCGGACGUGGGCCAGACGGACGGAACGAGCUCCGACGACAGGGAGACUGAGUCUCCCGCUGGGACGCCUCCCGUCGGGGAGAGUAUCGAACCGGCCAAAGAAGACGGGACACAGCCGACCACGUUCGCGUCGAUGCCUUUACCUGUGCCGCUGCCGCAGUACUGUUCCCCGCUGAUGCCGGACCGACGGGCUUCGGCCGAGGCCACGCAGAAGAGGUACUCCGGGAUGUUGGCGUCUAUGCUCGAGACGACCAAGUUCGGAACCAAGCUGAAGGGGCUCGUCAUUCCGGAUAAGCCGAAGUCCUCAUCCACUGUCACCAAGACGAUGCCGGUGAUUGUCAGCAAUCCUAUCCCGUCUUCGGUGGUUCUUCUGGAAGACGCCAAGCCCAGGAGAGAGUUGUCGCCGCCACCGAAGCAUACCACCCUCCUGGCGGACCCUCCAUGGAAGGCCAAGGAAACCUCUGACGUGCCAAAAUACUCACCCGCCUUCAAGCGGCGUUCCCUCCAGGUGUCCAAGUCUCUGGAGGGGCCGUCGCUGCGUACUGGUGCUCAAAACGGGUUCCAGUUCUCGCUGACGCACAGCAAGCCGGUGACUCCUGUCCUGCCUGAGACUCCCGUUAUGUCGCCACCUCCCCUAAGUUACACAUCUUCCGGGACCAGGUCCAGGUCCAACAGCAGCUCAUCGACGUUUUCAAACCCGUCAAGCAGCGGAUGUUCCCUGGAGACAACGAGGAAGAGCAGGCUGGAUUCCUUCGGCGUGACGGAGGUUGAUCAGAACCAACCAGUGAUUACGGCUGUCGAGUCUGUGGCGAAUGGCACAUCCUACACGCAGUCGCCACUUCUGGAAAGGUACCUCUCUAGCUCCAGCUAUGAUAACAAAACCGCGGAUGCGAGAGUUACGAGGCAAUGCAGCGUGAAGAGCACCUCUUCCUCUGAUUCUCGAGCUGAAAAAAAAUCUUUCACAAACGGUGAUGUGCCAAGUUCUAAAUACGGUCGGCAACGCAAAAACUCUGCCGAAAUGAAGCGCCUUAGCUCUGUCGGAUCAACGGAAUCUCUGACAAAAGCGACAACUACAGUGAGCAGCUGUAGUAGCCCUCCGAAACAAACACGGUCCCCUAACACCGAGACGAAAUGUGACGAAAGCGUGAAAUCCUCAAAAACGUGGGAGGUUACGUCUCUUAAGGAUUCCAAGAAAAAGUUCCGCUCUAUGGACGACCGUAGCUGGAACUCUCAGUUCAGGCGGCACUCGUACGAGCAACCUGCUUACUCUGUAAGGGUGAGCAGCAGUUCGAGCUUGAACAUCGAUCAGAAGGCAAAGUCCUUCGACUCUAAAGAAAGUCCCAGCGAAGCAUGGCAGAAGAGCGUCCGAGCCAGUCAGUUGGGCCAGCAGAAGACGGUACUUAAGAAGACAAUUGACAGCGCCGACAGCGCAAAGAGUUUCAAAGCCCUUGCCCAGAAGUGGGAACAAAGGUCCCAAGAUGCCCAGGUAAAUUACAUUCACCCGAUCAAGAAGGACACAACGACCGUCGUCAACGGAAAAGCGCCAGUUUCGGUCUCGCCCACGGCUCAGCGACACCAUACGUCCACCAACGGAAGAGCGACAGGUUCAAACUCUCCAGAUGCCACCUCUGUGCAGCUGCGCUCCCCGAGGUCCCCAAUUUCGAGACCAUCCUCCAUGUACGAAGAAAGAGACAAGCCAAGGCUGAGCCCAGAAUGGACGGAAGCCCCAUCCUCUUCGUACCUGCGAAGCAAACCCGCGGAACGACCGGUCAGCGUAGCCUACCGAAGCACGAAGAACUGCUCGUCGUACCUCAGCGUGAACGACAUCAAGAAGGCAUUCGAAUCGGAGGUCGCCAAAGUCCCUCCUCGUACGCUCGCUUCGCUGAGGGUCAUGAGAUCGGAGCAGCAGUUGCCGCUUCCGGAGCACCGUCGGUUCUCGUCCAUCGACUCCAACGACUCCGGUAACAGCACGGCCUCCAGGGAGCAGUAUUCCUCGAUGACGUCUCUCGCCUCGACGAGCAGUCUGAUUUCGCCGCAAGAGCUGCAGCAGCUCAUCGACGAGGCGAACCAGUCGUUGGACGAAGCUGGAGCCUCUGGGCACGAUAUUCACGUGGUCAUCCUCCAUAAGGACUCUCCAACGAGCGGGCUGGGUGUCACUCUUGCUGGCGGCUCGGACUACGAGACGAAGGAAAUUACGGUGCACAAGGUGAUCGCAGGCGGGCUCGCCGACCGGGACGGUCGCAUUCGAAAGUCGGAUCGGAUCCUGUCCAUCAACGGGAAGACGAUGAAGAACGUGACCCACAAGGAUGCCAUCGACAUCCUCAAAUCUCCGAGGCAGGAGGUGGUGCUGGUCCUGUCCAGGGAGGGCCGACAGUCGGUCCGAACGACGCCCAACAUCAGCAGGGCCUCCAGCCUCUCCUCGGUCCUAGACGUCGUCGACGAGCCGGAGGUGGCCCCCACCACCGCCGCUGAAGCUCAACAAGCGCCGGCACCGACGAAGCAGGAGAAAAUUGUCCUGGUGAAAGAUGGUCUCGGCUUAGGGUUCACGCUCGAAGGUGGCAAGGAUUCUCCACUGGGUGACAAGCCGCUAGUCAUCAAAAGGAUUUUCAGAGGAGGAGCUGCCGAGAGGGACGGACGUCUUCAGGUGGGCAGUGAGCUGAUCUCCAUCAACAGCCAAGUUGUGUCCUCGAUGACCAGAACCGAAGCCUGGAACUUCUUGAAGAAGCUGCCCGACGGUCCACUCACACUGGUCGUCAGCGGACGGGCUUCCUAGGGACAUCCAAGCAUCCAAGAUGUGCCUUCUUGUCCACGUGUACAAACGCUUCUCUCCCAUACCUGAUCAGUUGCUCCCCAGAAUGCCCUGGGCGAGGAGUGUGUGAGCCCAGAGGCGAGCACUCUUCGCCGUUCGACCAGUUCAGUGGUAGCUGGUGUUGUGACUUACAGACUUACUGAACCUAAGCCAUUGCCUUAUUUUUUAUGUCAAACGGACUUCUGCAGUUGCCAAUAUGUAUACCCUUUAAACGAGCAAACCUUGCAUUUAUCUUUAGACUGCCUGUAGGAUUGAUGCUUUGCCGAAGCUCAUGGUGAUGCAUUUAUCUUAGGGCUCAGUGUUGGUGAUCUUUGGAAUCAAACCGUCUUCGAGGAACACCCCUACAGGAUAGAUUUUGAUCGUUUCCUUCUUCACUGAACAAUUUGCUGACGAUAGAGUACUUACGAACGUGGCCCUUUUGAGCUGAAAUGUUGAGCGCUGACGAGUGCGGGGAAACAAGGAAGGGAAAUAGUUGCGUUCAGUUAACUACCCGCUAUUGCGGUCACCGCUACGGUAGGUCAUUAAAGUGUUCGCGAGUGCUAGAGAAGGUUGAAUAAGAACCCAGGGUGAAUGGCGGACGAAAGUCGAUACCUUCUGAAGAAUUCUCUCUGGUGGUUGCUUACUGCGUCAGAGGUGUUAAGGGGGAUUCACACACUCCCGUUGCGUCCGACCUAGUGCGAGGGUUGCUAUGGGUUGAUGCGCCGGCUCCAACAAAACCGGUUUUUACCCCGUUUUGUUGGAGCCGACACAGCUGUUGUCAUAGCAACCCUCGCACUUGGUCAGACUCAACGCAAGUAUUUGAAUCGCCCUUUACUCUUCUGUUUCAUUCUCCUUCGAAUAUUUUGGUCGCUCAGAAGUACACUAUUGAAAAAAGCUCUGCUAGCCUCCACAGCUGGGUUCGUUGGUGCUGUGCACACACAGACGACACGCUUCUCCGACGCAACCGCAACGUACAGGUUGCACCGCCAUGACUGUUCGUUUUCUGGCAGGUGACAAGGGGAAGCUGACUCUGAACAAACUCUUCUGCACAACGAACUCAGCUGUGGCGCCCAGUGAGUACCACCGAAGGUGGCCACGUGCAGUAUCUUUCUGGAUUGUGCCUUCGUCGCCUUCUGCAAGUGGCGCCAUUUCUUUUUGAGUGGACCUCGAAUUCGCUGCCUCUAUUAACGGGGCUCUGCGCUCCCGUUAUCCUAGCUACAAUUAGCCGAAACGAUCUGUCCUUGCCUUGGGCCGUGAGAUUUAGACCCGUUUCUUAUUACGACGCAGGUCAACUCCGCCUUAUGGCGAGAUGUCCCAUCUGUAAAAUAGUUAAUAUAUAUGCUACAGCAACGUUCGCAUGUUAGAGUAGAGUUUUAUGACGUGUGCCUUCAAGCUCGUUGUUUAGUGGGGGGUGCGCUUUGACGUGGUCGACAGCCGUUUGUGUAAGCUUAAACUUAAGAAGGCAAAGUGCUACACAAGCACAGUUCGUGGUGCUGCCUCGCUCAAUAGCCACCUAAAUCGAACUCGGGCGAACGUUUUCGAAACUUAACAGGGUGCUUCCGGUUUCGGUGCCAAGUGAGCUCCGAUAAAAAGGCGCGAGGAACUUUUUGACUCGAUUUGUUAUCGCACUCGGAUCCCGCUGAGAACAGCGUUUGACUUUUUUUCGCCUCCAUGGGACCAAGAGUCAAUUCCCGGUGUGAGCAAACUUUAUUCUAUGAUUUUUUUUACAUAUACAUAUAUAAAUAUAUAUCUAAGAGAACGAAAUAUUUUUUUUUGGUAUAAGAUGUGUAACAUGAAACUUAUGUGUCCGAUGUGCAUAAAACUCAAAGUCCUAUUUAUAUCUACUAGGAGAGUCGUAUGUAGUCUUUGUAAUAUAUUUUCGCUCAUCAGAUGCGCAAGCGCAAAGCCGAGGUUGCCUUUAUUUUUAUUUUUAAUCUUCGGCGAAUAGUGUUUGCAAAUGAGAACCUUUACGGUGAUCGUCCCUUUAUUUUUUUCGAAAAUCCUACUUGACCUGGGGAUCUCUUUGACUGCGCUUUCUAUUCUUCCAGAUUUUGAUUUUUCUAACGAACAUAUUAUCGGGCUCCGUUUUAUUGAUACUGCUUUUUUUUAGUUUUCCUUUCUGUCCGUGCUACGUUGUUAUUAGCAUGUUAAAAGGCGUUCUGGAUUGCCGGCGUUUUCCUAAAGGGACACUGACUCUGCCUUUGCGUCUUAUACUCUGCCUCUUUUCGCUUUCGUGUGGUCGUGAGCUCUGGAACCCAUAAAGUACAUCUGCGGCCACCUCACAAUAUUCAAGUUUCUGUAGCCCUUGACAACUUAAGAAAAGGGGGUUGAGGUCUAUUAAGAUUAUGUAAGGCUGCGGAGAGAUGAUGAAAGGUUCGGAGGUCGCCACACCCGUGUUUCUUAAGUUCUCAGUAACUAUAAAAUUCUUCGCGUCCCCAACUGGCGCUAUGAUGCAUCUUUUAGAAAAAAGUCUGCGGCGUGUUGAACUCCGUCUCGGAAUGAAUUGACUAACGACGAAAGCUACAGCCAUUGUCAGCCAAUAAGAGCACCGGAGUCGGUCACGUGACUGUACUUUAUAGGGGUGUCGAACUGUGUUUUGUGGCGUGCUUGACUGCUGCGAUCUUAUUGGGCCGUCGGGGUUGCAACUACCGCUGUACUCAUGCUAAAAUUGAGUACAGCGGUAGGAUUAACUGGCAAAUGCCGUGUUCUUUCUGAAUGAUGCACUUCGUCAUGCUUGUGGAUCGUCGCACCUCGUAAAAGACAAGCUGCACAUUGGGGAAAGUCGGGGGACUUUGCUUAAUGUAGGUUGUCCCGAGAUGUUCCCACUUUAUGCAAUCUUUCCCGGUGGCGUAACUGAAUAUUCCUAAAAAGUCCCGUACCACGAUUGUUAUUGCUCUAUAGUCACUGACUGCCUAAAAAAGGCAGGAUGCGGCAUAGCGCAUUCACGCUUCUUGCCUUCUCAUUGGUUCUUCGGCGUUCUUUCGGCUAAUGCAGCAAUCUCAUUGGUUGGGGAGCGAUAAUAAGAUGUCUGUGACCUCCUGCCUUUCUCACGCUGUUAAUGACUCUAGUUUAGAUAUAUCGUGUAGGCCCAUCAAUUGACUGUUUAAAAAAUAACAAACGAAAAUAUCGAAAAAAGUUUUCCCCUUCCCUCUAACAUGGCCAAUUCGGCAGUCUUGUGGCCAGUUUUAGCCAUGGUAAGGGUCCCGUCCCCUUGUAGCGACAAACGGCAAACCCUGUUCGCUGAUACGUCUGGUUCACCUGGUUGAUGACCUUGUUUUACGCUGAAGCAUCACUAAAUGAAAACAUCCGUGAACAAGCCGGGCUGAGGUACUUUGCUCGUAGCGUUAAGAGGCUGAUUUAGUGUUGUCGGCCGACAAAAAGCGGUGUUCGUGGGGCUUGUGAGACUAGGCCUAAAGAGCCACGAAAUCCUAGCGCAACAAGGAGGGAAGAUGAGCCUUCUGAUAACCCGAGUGAUUUUCCGCGGUAGAGAUGUUGGCAAACCUAUUCUUGUUGUAAAACAAUGGUUGCGCGUCACCGUUAAAGAAGCAAAUCCAUGUGUAUUUUACAUAUCUGCGAACAUUGUUUGGUGUUUGCAACUUUAUUGAGACAAGUCACAAACGAAACGCAGAAUCUGAUCACGUAUUAGACAUUGUUUUCUUUUAUGAAAGCGUUUUUACACAAAUCACAUUCAACGCGUUUAACUUCCCUAGAACCUCGCAUAUGUUCUGCAGGCCUUGUGGUUUAGAAAAUAGAAGGGUCAGUCAGCAAGAGGAGCGAACAGAUCACUCAUAUUGUGGGCACAAAAAGCAGUGACGUCAUUCUUCUGUCCUCGCACCUGAUGCUCCUAUUAAGACGUCCCUCUGCUAGACAAAUUUGAAACUCUAAGACCGUGAGAAUGUCAGUGGCCCUUUAGAGAAACGCGGUGCUCUGGUCUCGGUUGUAACAAUUUUGGUUGCUGUGUCUUCGAACCAUUUGAGUGUAGGGAUGUUGCCGUGAAUAAAAAAACUGAAUGCCUUUUGUUA